AUGGCCGGGAGGCAGCGUAGCUCGGGUCGGCUCUGGGCGCUGGGCGGCGCCGCGCUGGGGGCUUGCCUGGCGGGCGUCGCCACGCAGCUGGUAGAGCCCAGCACGGCCCCGCCCAAGCCCAAGCCGCCCCCACUGACCAAGGAGACUGUGGUGUUCUGGGACAUGCGCCUGUGGCACGUGGUGGGCAUCUUUUCACUCUUCGUGUUGUCCAUCAUCAUCACAUUGUGCUGUGUCUUCAACUGCCGUGUACCACGGACGCGAAAGGAGAUCGAGGCACGGUAUCUACAGCGAAAGGCGGCCAAGAUGUAUACAGACAAGCUGGAGACCGUGCCUCCCCUUAAUGAACUCACAGAAAUUCCUGGAGAGGAGAAGAAGAAAAAGAAGAAGGACAGUGUGGACACUGUGGCUAUCAAGGUAGAGGAGGAUGAGAAGAAUGAGGCGAAGAAGAAAGGAGAGAAGUGAGGGCGGCGUCCUGGAGGUGGCAGCUGGGGCUGACAGGCCCUGAAGCCCGAGUUCAGGCUGGAAUCCAGGCAUCAGGACUCCGUGUUCAUACAUGGACUUCAGAGGCUGUGGUCCAAGGGGAAGCCAAGGCCAUGAUCGUUACCUCAUGGCUCAAAAGAUGUAGGGACAAGACUUGACUAGUGUCCAUCCUGGACUCUGUUCCCUUCACAUCAUCAGUCUGGGCACUUCUCAUGGGCCACUGUCCCUCCAUAGAUAUAGAGUGGCCUCAAACUCCUCUCCCCGUCCAGACAAGCUUCUGUCCCAUCCUUCUUGCCAGGGGCAGAAGUGGCUAUAAAGGAGUCAGGGAUUGGUCACUUAGGAUGGCAGGAUUGAACAGGUUGUUCAAAAACACAGAGGGAGGGCCUGGAGGGGGACUUGUGAUGUGAGAGAUUCUCUGAUGUAGCUAGAUAGCCGCCCCAAAUAGCAAGGAAAUUGCCCCAAGUUUGACAGUAAUCUGUCCCUAGCUGCUAAGGUGGUCCCAUUAUCAGGAGAGUUCCUGACCUGGCAGAUGCCAAGCUCUGAAAACAAGGUAACAGUGUGACAGAGUUGAGGCCGCUGAGGG